GCAAAGGAAACUCCAGUGUCUGCAAUCAUUGUGGAUCAUUGGCAUAAACCUGAGAACGCUAGUUGAGAUAAAGCUGCAAGAGGAAAAGACAAGUUAAUUCACCAUUUAAUGAAUCACACAUAGUAAAUGUCUGGGGGACCCCCCUAAUCUGCUGCACAAAUGAGUAUGGAAGAUUACGACUACCUGUUCAAGAUUGUUUUGAUUGGGAACGCCGGUGUGGGAAAGACCUGCUUAGUUCGCCGGUUUACUCAGGGCCUUUUCCCACCAGGACAGGGAGCAACUAUUGGGGUGGAUUUCAUGAUAAAGACAGUCGAGAUAAAGGGGGAAAAAGUAAAGCUGCAGAUCUGGGACACAGCUGGGCAGGAGAGGUUCCGAUCCAUCACCCAGAGCUACUACCGCAGUGCGAAUGCAUUAAUACUGACCUACGACAUCACGUGUGAGGAGUCUUUCCGAUGCCUUCCCGAGUGGCUCCGGGAGAUUGAGCAGUAUGCUGGCAACAAGGUUGUGACCAUUUUAGUUGGGAAUAAGAUUGACCUGGCAGAGAAGAGAGAGGUUCCCAGGCAAAAGGCAGACGAUUUCGCAGAAGCCCAGAAUAUGCACUACCUGGAGACCUCUGCCAAAGAGUCGGACAAUGUCGAGAAACUUUUCCUGGACCUGGCCUGUGAGCUGAUCAGAGAGGCAAAACAAAACACGCUGGAAAACAACGUGGCAUCCCCCUUGCCAGGGGAGGGCAAGAGUAUCAGCUACUUGAACUGCUGCAGUUUCAAUUAAAACCAACACAGACACCAACAAAAGAACCCGUUGUUUGGAAGUGCAGAUGGAAGCCAGCUCUUGGUGUUCGCGCCCUUCGAGGCGUAAAGGUGAUUUCUUACGCUUCAGCCUGGCAGACCAGUCGUGUUUUUUCUCUCCAGUGAAUAACUGCCGUUCUAAGGAGAUGUGGAAUGAACUGACCUGAAUCUGUUUUAUUUUCCUGAAGAAUGGUAGACUAAACAAUACAAGACGUAACCGAGGACUUUGCUCUCAAAAACUGGGACAAAAAACACACUAAAACCUGCUGUGAUUUUUAAUAUUUUACAGUUCAGCUUGGCUAUAUAUCCAGUGGACGAAUAAGUCCUGAGCACUAAUAAGGAUAUAUAUGCAACUACUACUCGUGUGCAAGCAGACAAGCAUUCUGUGACUUCUGUGUGCUCUCCCAGACACUCAUUACAAAAUCCAACAUUCGUCAAGGAAAACUAACAUUGAAUUCAUGCUGCUUUUGAAGACUUUAUACCAAUGCCAUAUACUUUUUGAAUUUUGCUCAUGGGAACCUUGAUAUGUUACACAACUGCAAACUUUCCUGUUCUGUCAAAUCUGUUUAAUCACCUCGAAGUGAGGGCCAUUUGACUUGUGGGAUACUAUGUAUUCCAUGUGAAGUACUACAGACACACAUUAUACAGUAAAGACCGGCAUGCAAUGUUGUUUUCAUUCAGCAAGAAGAGAGUGGUGUGUGUAAAAGAUUAUGCAUUUAAACUUAGGACCACAAGUAUUAUUUUCCAGGUGGAGUACUCUAAGAAAGUUUGUUUUAUGCAAGCUGUGAACAAGGUUUAAAAAAAGCAGACUUUUCUGUUUUGCAGUGUUGAUCCUCUUUCAAACAGUGUAAUAAGUCACGCAUUAUGUAGCUUCACUAAUGUGCUUUUUUUUCUUUUGAUAAAAUGGUUCAAUUAACCAAUUCCUUGUAGAAAUGACUUAAAACAAUACUGUAUUUUAAAUACAGUACUAAGAUAGUUUGGAAGAAAAUGUCAUUCUCGUUCAUCAGAUGCAGUAUGAGAUUUGAAGGGAUUUGUAGUAUAUUCUUUGUUUCUUGGCUUUAUAAAACAUGCAUUCUGUAGUUUUUAAACAAACCCUAAGCCUGCAGCUGUGCUGCUUAAACAUGUGAAGGACAAAAUAAGUUGCUUCAUACAGCCGCAUUAAAUGAAGGCUAUCGGUAUCCAUUUUAAAUCCAUGCUUCAUUCUUGAUGCAUUGCAUUCCACUGCAGUAUUCAUUUUAAAUGUUAACUAGUGGGCUAGCUGUUUCAAUAUUACUAUAAUUCAUUUCAAUUAAAAGCAGGAUAUUUCAUGUGUGUAUUUUCAGAAUUGGAGAUACACAUGCUUCAUUUAACACAUUUACAGACACAACAUGCACAGUUUGUAUUGUAUUAGAUACAUGUUUGGGUAUGAAUCAUUUUUAGUUGAUAUACUGUAUGUUUGUUUGAUUAAUUAAAGACUGGCACAGA